GUGGCGCGGGUUCCGCUCCGCCCCCGGAGCCCCGCCCCCGACGACCGGCGCUCCGCCCCGCCCUCGCCUGCCUCUCUGCCCCGCCCCGCCCGCCGUCCCCCGCUUGCCUUCCAGCGCCGCUUGCGCUCCGGAGCGCUGGCUCUGCUGGCGCCGAGAAAUGGACCAAUUUUGACAAGAUAUAGUGCUGCAGCGUGCCUGAUGGGAUAGAUUCAGUCAUGGCAUCCGAACUUUGUAAGACGAUCUCUGUGGCAAGGCUGGAAAAGCACAAGAAUUUGUUCUUAAAUUAUAGGAAUCUGCACCAUUUUCCAUUGGAGUUACUGAAAGAUGAGGGACUGCAGUACUUGGAGAGACUCUAUAUGAAAAGGAACUCCCUGACAUCCUUGACAUUCACUAUAAUGAGGCACCUGUGUACUAGAAGUGAGACGCCAGUGUCUGUUAGUCCCAUCGAAUCAGUCAACAAAUACAUACGCUAUCCAGAAAACCUUGCUCAGAAGCUUCCAAACCUUGUGGAACUAUACCUGCACUCAAAUAACAUAGUUGUGGUUCCGGAAGCCAUUGGGUCUCUUGUAAAACUCCAAUGUCUGGAUCUUAGUGACAAUGCCUUAGAAAUUGUUUGCCCGGAAAUUGGUCGUCUGAGAGCUUUACGUCAUCUUCGAUUAGCUAAUAACCAACUGCAAUUCCUACCUCCAGAGGUUGGCGAUUUGAAGGAGCUGCAGACACUAGACAUUUCUACCAAUCGUUUGCUAACUUUACCCGAGAGGCUUCACAUGUGCCUUUCUCUGCAGUACCUCACUGUGGACCGAAAUCGUCUAUGGUAUGUGCCGCGCCAUCUCUGCCAGCUGCCCAGCCUCAAUGAGCUCUCCAUGGCUGGAAACCGUCUUGCGUUUUUGCCACUUGAUUUAGGUCGAUCUCGAGAACUACAAUAUGUAUACGUGGAUAACAACAUUCACCUGAAAGGCUUGCCGUCUUAUCUGUACAAUAAAGUCAUCGGGUGCAGUGGCUGUGGUGCUCCCAUUCAAGUUUCCGAGGUGAAGCUGCUUUCCUUUUCAUCAGGGCAGCGAACCGUGUUCCUCCCAGCUGAGGUGAAGGCCAUAGGGACGGAGCAUGAUCACGUCCUCCCUCUGCAGGAAUUGGCCAUGAGAAGUCUGUAUCGUACCUACCACAGCUUGCUGAAAGAUUUGAACUUUCUGUCUCCAAUCUCAUUACCCAGAAGUCUCCUGGAGCUGCUGCACUGCCCUCUGGGGCACUGUCAUCGGUGUAGUGAGCCUAUGUUUACCAUCGUCUACCCCAAGCUCUUUCCCUUGAGAGAGACGCCAAUGGCAGGGCUGCACCAGUGGAAGACAACUGUUAGUUUUGUGGCUUACUGCUGCUCCACCCAGUGUCUGCAGACUUUUGACCUGCUGAGUUGAUAAACACUCAAGAACCUCAGGAGCGCUGCCAGCUUGACACUGGGGAAUCCAGCCAGUCCAGCACACUCUUCCAUCCUGUCCUGUCCAAUGCGGGGGCACUGCAGAACUCUCUGGAAAUGUCAUGAUUGAGCUUCAGAGCUAAAAUGCCUUCACCCUUCCCCCAAGUUGGAAUAUAUCCUCCCCCAAAUUAAGGA